CGCUCUAAAUAUUAAUUAUCCUUUUUUUGUAUAUCUAAUAAUCGUAAAAAGUAAGUUAUGCGUGAGAAAUAUAUAAUUUCCAAUAGUUUCAUCAUUCAUAUUUCAUGUAUUUACAUGAUAAUUAAAUGCAUAAUAAUUAAUUGGAUAUUUUAAUUAGUAAAAGUACACGAUGCAUUUAUAUUUACAGUUUAUAGAUAACUCACUGACUAGUGUAUUAUUUAUUAUAUAUAAUUGAUAGUAAUAAUAUACUGUUAUGGAAAAAUAUGAUAUCAAUGGUCAAAUCGGCGAAGGAGCGCAGGGCUUGGUCUUGAAAGCACGUGACUCAUCUAGGGAUCAAGAAGUGGCACUAAAGAAAAUAAUGAUUAAAAAAAGCGAGAGUGGUUUGCCCGCAUCCAUCAUACGUGAAGUGAAAAGUCUACAGCAACUCGAACAUCCUUACGUCAUAGAGCUGUUAGAUGCUUUCCCGAACGGUUUAGACUUUGUGAUGGUGUUCGAAUACAUGCCAACGGGUCUAUGGGAAAUAUUAAGAGACCCUGAAAUAUCCUUGACACUAGAGCAAAUUAAAACAUACAUGAAAAUGUUGUUGGAAGGCAUAGCGUAUGUGCACGCCAAGAAUAUAAUUCACAGAGAUUUGAAACCUGCGAAUUUGUUGAUCAGCGAAAAGGGUGUUCUGAAAAUCGCUGAUUUUGGUUUGAGCAGAUUGAUGUGGCGAGACGGCACGAAGCCGUAUUCUCAUCAAGUCGCCACACGGUGGUAUCGAGCACCAGAGUUACUUUACGGAGCACGUUAUUACACAUCCGCGAUCGACAUUUGGUCAAUCGGUUGCAUAUUCGGCGAAAUGCUGAAUGCUUCCCCAUUAUUUCCAGGUGAAACUGACAUCGAACAACUGGCUAUCGUUUUGAAGUUCUUGGGUUCUCCUACAUCCGAAUCCUGGCCAGAAUUAACUUCGUUACCGGAUUACAACAAGAUUACUUUUCCUUAUCACAAAGGUACGUCAUGGGAGAGCAUUGUUCAAGACGCGCAGCCGGAAGCCAUCGAUCUAAUCAGGCAAAUUUUGAUUUACAAUUCGUCGAAACGUCUCACGGCUGACCAGGCAUUGUGUCACAUAUACUUCUAUUCUAAACCAUAUCCCUCUGUGAAGAAUCUAAUAAGACCACCGCCGGAUCAUCGCCUCCGCGUGAAAUCGAAAGAAAUUGCUCCAAAUGUGCAAGCGAGUACACUUUUCGAAAAUCUCUUAAGCAUUGUAUAAUGAUGAUUGUUAUGAUUUAUAUUAAUUGGUAUGCUAUUGAGGCUAGAGAUUAAAAAUAUUUUCUUCGUAGAA